CAUUGUAUACCCUCCCCAAAAGUCACGUUCUAUAAUAAUUAAAAACAGGGGUUUAUGCAAGAGCAAGAAGAGAGGAGGUUUAUGCAAAGAUGAAGCAUUUUGUGGUGAAAAAAACAUGGAGCAACGGCGUUAGAGUUGGAGCACUAGAAGUAGGAAACAUCACAGCCACAGGAGGAGUUGUAAUUGAAACACCUGCUCUUCUCAUAUCAACUCGUAAAGGACUCCCUCAUUUUACACCUCCUGAUCUUCUUCCUUCUCUCCCUUCUCCUGAUUCCCAUUUCCUUCAACUUUCUCCACUCCACUUUUUGGAAGGACUUUCUCCAACUACGAUAUCGAAAAUUGGAGGGCUUCAUAAACUUAUUGGUUUGCCUGAUUAUGCAAUUGCAGCAGUUCCUAGGGAUUCUAUUCAUUCGAUUCCUGAAUCUAAGAGUGCUUCCAAACUCGGACCCACUUUCGAGACUCCUUGUGGUCGUCUAUUGGUUAAACCUAAAGAUUAUGUUCAAAUGAUUUCUUGCAUGAGGCCAAACAUAUGGGCUACUUUGGCUGAUGAAGUACCUGCUUGGGUGUCUGAUAAAAGGAACAGAACCUCAGUGGAUAGAACUUUGAGAUGGCUUGAUGAUUGUCUUGCAUUGAAUCCGGCGCAGGGCUGCAAAGCCAUUGGAUCAAUCUUUGGUGCCAUUGUGGGAGGUUCUAAUUUGGAUGAAAGGAAGCGAUGUGCAGAAGAGGUAGCCAAGCGAAAUGUAGCAGGUUAUUGGAUUGGAGGAUUUGGUCUAGGAGAGGCCAUCGAUGAGCGAUCUUCUCUUCUGCGUGCUAUUGUCGACGUCUUGCCAGAUGAAAAGCCGCGCAUGAUCUGUGGUCUUGAACUCCCAGAGGAGAUCUUACAGGGGAUUGCUGCUGGAAUUGAUCUUUUUGAUUCAACGUACAUCUAUUCCCUCACACUUGGAGGGUUUGCGCUAACCUUUUCACUUGACAAGAAUGGGAAUCAAGAUAAUUUUCAGAAAAACAAGAUGGGAAGUGACUCGACUAAAAUUAAUUUGCGAGCAACAGUUUAUAGGAAAGACAUGUCCCCCAUCAUAAAAAACUGCACCUGCCAUACAUGCCAGAAUUAUACAAAAGCAUACAUCAAUCACUUAUUCAAUGUUCAUGAAAUGCUGGCACAAACUCUGCUAGAAAUCCAUAAUACACACCACUAUCUGAUGUUCUUUCGUGUGAUAAGAGAAGCAAUACAAGAAGGGAGGUUUGAAAAUUAUCGACAAACAUUCAUUGAAAGCAGGCGCGAGCAUUAUGAUAGAGGUGUGGUCUGUGAAGUCGAAGGAACAAGGUGGUUAGACAAAAUAGUGCAGUUUGUUUUGAAGUGUAUAGGCUUUGGGGUUAACUAACAUUAUUGUGUUGGGGAACAAUUCAAAUGCGGGGAUCAUUGAAUUCAUAGAAAUAUUAGAUUGAAAAUAGGCCAAACUCAUAUUUAGGGGUGAAGAUAGAUCAAACUACAUGACAAAGGCUAUGACUUAGUCUAGGUUAGAUUCAAGCCAAAUUUUUUAAAAACAAUUGACAAAGUCAAAUACUUGAAAGGGAGUUGCUAUUUACACUCUCCAAUUUUUCCUAAUACACCCCCACCUUUUGUGUAAAAUUUUUGUUUUUUCUCAAAAUAUUUUUUUUUUAGGUAUA